CAGGUGGUUUGCAGUGUUCGAAUGAUAUUUAUAUUUGGAGCGACGAGAAAUUAUAAUACAUAAACAUAAAAUAUGUCAGAAGUUAAUCCUAAACACAUGCUUCAUAGUGGUAUUUUUCAUCCCGUUUUAAGACUAUGGCAAUCUCCAAACGUAGAAAUGACUGUAAAUAAUCUUAUGUAUCCAAUUUUUGUAUCCGAUAAUAAAAAUGACAAGGAGCCGAUCAAAAGUAUGCCUGGUGUACAUCGUUAUGGUAUUAAUCGAUUACACGAGGAUUUACAGCCAUUAAUUUCUAAAGGAUUACAAUCAAUAUUAUUAUUUGGAGUCUCUAAACAUCUAGCGAAAGAUCGCAUUGGCUCCAAUGCUGACAGCAGAGAAAAUCCUAUAGUUCAGGCGGUGCCAUUAAUAAGGCAAUGGUUUCCAAAUUUAGUAGUAGCAUGCGAUGUGUGCUUGUGCCCUUAUACUGUUCAUGGUCAUUGCGGUAUUUUAAAUGACGAUGGAACUAUCGAUAACAGUGCAAGCAUUAAACGUAUUUCUGAAAUUGCAGUCACAUAUGCAAAAGCUGGUGCACACAUAGUUGCUCCAUCCGAUAUGAUGGAUGGUAGAGUAGGUGCAAUAAAACAACAAUUAGUUGCGGCUGGAUUGGCAAAUAAAGUUGCCGUAUUAUCGUAUGCAGUUAAAUUUGCAUCAGGAUUUUAUGGACCUUUCAGAGAUGCAUCCCAAUCAGCCCCAAAAUUUGGUAAUCGUAAAUGUUACCAAUUACCACCGGGUAGUAAUGGAUUAGCAGCUAGAGCUGCUGCUAGAGAUAUAGCAGAAGGUGCAGACAUGAUUAUGGUCAAACCAGGAUUACCUUACUUAGAUGUAAUCAGACAUACAAAAGAUGCGCAUCCAGAAUAUCCUAUGUUCGUUUAUCAAGUCUCUGGAGAAUAUGCGAUGCUAUAUCAUGGUGCACAAAACGGUGCAAUUAACUUGGAAGAUGUACUAAACGAAGUCCUAUUGUCGAUGCGACGAGCAGGAGCAGAUUGUAUCAUAACUGCAUUUGCCAAAGAGGAUAAAAAGGAUAAAAAAGAAGAUAUUGGGACGGUGAUAGGGAUUGAUUUGGGUACUACAUACUCUUGCGUUGGUGUAUAUAAAAAUGGGCGCGUGGAAAUUAUUGCCAAUGAUCAGGGAAAUAGAAUUACACCAUCUUAUGUAGCUUUUACUAGCGAUGGGGAACGAUUGAUCGGCGAUGCUGCCAAAAAUCAAUUAACUACAAAUCCUGAGAAUACAAUUUUUGACGCUAAACGUCUAAUUGGACGUGAAUGGAUGGAUACCACGGUGCAGCAUGACGUUAAAUUCUUCCCGUUUAAAGUUAUGGAAAAGAAUAACAAACCGCAUAUAGAAGUUCAAACUAGUCAGGGUAAAAAGAUAUUUGCACCCGAGGAAAUCUCUGCUAUGGUAUUGGGUAAAAUGAAAGAAACCGCAGAAGCGUAUUUAGGGAAAAAAGUAACCCAUGCUGUAGUAACAGUUCCUGCAUAUUUCAAUGACGCGCAAAGACAAGCCACAAAGGAUGCGGGUACCAUCUCUGGACUUAAUGUAAUGAGAAUUAUUAAUGAACCAACUGCCGCUGCUAUUGCUUAUGGCUUAGAUAAGAAAGAUGGAGAGAAGAAUGUCUUAGUCUUUGACUUGGGAGGUGGUACCUUUGACGUUAGUUUACUCACUAUUGACAAUGGCGUCUUUGAAGUCGUUGCUACCAAUGGUGAUACUCACUUGGGUGGAGAAGACUUUGAUCAGCGUGUUAUGGAUCACUUUAUCAAGCUGUAUAAGAAGAAAAAGGGUAAAGACAUUCGAAAGGAUAACAGAGCCGUACAGAAACUUCGCCGUGAAGUUGAAAAAGCUAAGAGAGUACUCAGCGCUAGUCAUCAAGUGAGAAUAGAAAUUGAAUCGUUCUUCGAAGGGGAAGAUUUCUCUGAAACUUUGACGCGUGCUAAAUUUGAAGAGCUUAAUAUGGAUCUCUUCCGUAGUACUCUUAAACCUGUACAAAAAGUAUUGGAAGAUUCCGAUAUGAGUAAAAAAGAUGUACAUGAAAUUGUCCUUGUUGGUGGGUCAACUAGAAUACCCAAAGUUCAACAGUUGGUUAAAGAAUUCUUUGGUGGUAAAGAACCUUCAAGGGGUAUUAAUCCUGAUGAGGCUGUCGCGUACGGUGCUGCGGUCCAAGCCGGUGUUCUUUCGGGCGAACAAGACACGGAUGCAAUCGUACUUUUGGAUGUUAAUCCGCUUACCAUGGGUAUAGAGACUGUAGGAGGUGUCAUGACUAAGCUCAUUCCAAGAAAUACUGUCAUUCCUACGAAAAAAUCUCAAAUUUUCUCAACUGCGUCGGAUAACCAACACACCGUUACGAUUCAAGUAUACGAAGGCGAGCGGCCUAUGACUAAAGACAAUCAUCUUCUUGGGAAAUUCGAUUUAACUGGAAUUCCACCGGCUCCCCGCGGAAUACCUCAAAUAGAAGUUACAUUUGAAAUCGAUGCCAAUGGUAUUCUACAAGUUUCCGCGGAGGACAAAGGCACUGGAAAUCGAGAGAAAAUAGUUAUUACCAAUGAUCAAAAUAGACUAACACCCGACGAUAUCGAAAGAAUGAUCAAAGAUGCUGAAAAGUUUGCGGACGAUGAUAAGAAACUAAAGGAAAGAGUAGAGGCUCGUAACGAGCUCGAAUCAUAUGCAUAUUCAUUGAAAAAUCAACUAGCCGACAAGGAAAAACUUGGCUCUAAAGUUAGCGAUUCGGACAAGGCGAAGAUGGAGGAAGCAAUCGACGAGAAGAUCAAGUGGUUAGAAGAUAAUCAGGAUACAGAUCCGGAAGAGUACAAGAAACAGAAGAAAGAACUAUCGGACAUAGUUCAACCGAUUAUAGCCAAAUUGUAUCAAGGUGCGGGUGGUGGUGUACCGCCAACUGCUGGUGAAGAAGAUGAUGAUCUAAAAGAUGAACUAUAACCUUUCAAGAAUCCACGAAGCAUCUUUGUUCAUAAUUAGACUGAUGAAAUAAUCAACUUCCCAAACGAGGAAUGCAUCGAGGACCUACUAAUAUGUGUCAGAUGAUAAUGUCUUCAUGGUGGAUCGAUAUCGAAACCGAGUCUCACAAUAAAAAUUUCAAAAUCCUUUAUAGAUACACACUCACACACACAUACAGUGAUUUAUCAUGGAUCGCAUGUUAAUAGACUCUCUAUCAUACAUGUUUCUUACAAGGAGCGACUAUCGUUCACCAUCAUAUUCUCUACUGAAAAGAAGAAAGACAAAAGAAGAAUGAACUUAUAUAUAUAUAUAUACAUAUAUAUAUAUAUGUAUAUAUAUAACUUCGUUAAUGGGGGGAAUUUAUUUAAAAAGUUCUUAGAUAAGACUCUGCGUAUUGUUAGUUUAUUUUAAUUGUUUUAUAUGUUUGUUCUUAAGUCUAAUCCAUAAGCCAAUCUUAUAUACUGAUGUGUUUCGAAUAUGCAAUGGGAUGUAUGUGAGUAUGAUUGAGUUUAAAAAUAUUUACAAUUUGUAGUUAUAUCCAAGAGAAAAAAAGAGAGGGAAAUAAAAAAAAAAACUGCAAGGAAAACUAUAGUACUGUGUACAAUACAGAUAAUGUAUAAGUGUGAAAGCGCGUCAUAUAUUAAUACCAUAUAUGUACUAAAUAAAUACAUUUUUUCAAUAAA